AUGCAAGUCUUCUUCUUCUUUUUCUCUUUGAUCCUCUGUUUCGCUCUGAUCUUCGCUGAGACCCUUGAAAACGACAAGAGAGCUUUGCUUGAUUUCUUGUCACAUUUCAGUUUACCUCUUCACCGCUGGAACCAGAGCUCUCCGACUUGCCAUCAGUGGACCGGAGUUACCUGCAGCCGAAACAGAAUCGUAUCCGUUAGAUUGCCUGCGGUUGGACUCAACGGUUUGAUCCCACCAUUCACCAUCACUCGUCUCUCGUCUCUAAAGAUUCUAAGCCUUAGAAACAACCAGCUCACAGGAGAGCUCCCUCCUGAUCUCAUCAACCUCAAGAACCUGACUCGUCUCUACCUACAACACAACCGCCUCUCCGGUCCAUUACCAGAGACUCUCUCGGAGUUAAAGAAUCUCAAGGUUCUUGAUCUUUCUAACAAUGGACUCAACGGAAGCAUCCCAUCAUCUCUUUCACGUUUGACCAGACUUAGAGUCUUGAACCUUGCAAACAAUUCAUUCUCAGGGGACAUUCCCGAUCUCGAUCUUCCAAACCUGAGGCAAAUCGACCUGUCAAACAAUAAACUUAUCGGCGCAAUACCCAAGUCUCUUCAAAGAUUCCAAACUUCAGCGUUUUCCGGAAACAACAUAACCGGAAAGGAGACACAAAACAAGACUCCUUUCGGGUUAAGCCAGCUUGCUUUCUUGCUCAUUCUCUCCGCAGCUUGCGUUUUGGGUGUUUCUGGACUCUCCUGUAUAAUAAUGAUCACUUGUUUCGGGAAGUCUAGAAUCUCCGGGAAGUUUCGGAAGAGAGACUCCUCCUCCUCGUCGUCCACUCCUCCAGGGAACUGGACAUCUAGAGACGAUGAUAACAAUGAAGGAGGAAAGAUCAUCUUCUUCGGGGGAAAGAACCAUUUGUUUGAUUUAGACGAUCUGCUAAGCUCAUCAGCUCAAGUUUUGGGUAAAGGCGCCUUUGGUACAACCUAUAAGGUAACAAUGGAAGACAUGAGCACGGUGGUUGUGAAGCGUCUGAAGGAAGUUGUUGCGGGAAGAAGAGAGUUUGAGCAACAAAUGGAGAUGAUUGGCGCGAUCAGACAUGAGAAUGUAGCUGAGCUAAAGGCUUACUACUAUUCCAAAGACGAUAAACUCGCUAUUUAUAGCUACUACACUCAAGGAAGCCUCUUCCAGAUGCUGCACGGAAACAGAGGAAUGUAUGAUCGAGUACCUUUGGAUUGGGACGCUAGACUGAGGAUAGCAACAGGUGCAGCUAGAGGAUUGGCUAAGAUCCAUGAAGGGAACAACGGGAGACUCAUCCAUGGGAACAUCAAAUCAUCAAACAUCUUCUUAGACUCGCAAGGCCACGGCUGCAUAGGAGACAUUGGCUUAACAACCAUCAUGAGAUCUCUUCCUCAAAGGACUUGCCUUACUUCAGGUUACCACGCACCUGAAAUAACAGACACGAGAAGAAGCACGCAGUCUUCGGAUGUAUACAGCUUCGGGGUUGUUUUACUCGAGCUCUUGACAGGGAAGUCGCCGGCAAGUCGAGAGACGAAACAUGGCGAGAAGAUGUAUUUGGCCACGUGGAUAAGGAAUGUGGUGGUGGAAGAGUGGACAGGGGAAGUAUUCGAUAUGGAGAUUUUGAGUGAGUCAGGUGGGUUCGAGGAAGAGAUGGUUGAGAUGAUGCAAAUAGGGUUGGCUUGUGUUGCUGUGAAGCAACAAGAACGACCUCACAUAGCUCAUGUUGUGAAAAUGAUCCAAGAUAUUCGAUCAACUGAUGCAGAGUGACUGAAUAAACAUUAGAUCACUUUUUUUCCUUGGUAG